AAAUGGCGUCCAUCCACACACUGUUGUCUGACUGAUAUUUAAACAGUUUUCAAUAUUAAACGUCUGUAGAGGAUAGGAUUUUAGCUAUGGAUAGGGAUGGGAGUUCGUCAAGUAGUGAAGAAAGUGAUAUAGAGGAAAGAGCUGUGAAAGCCAACGAGGAUGACGACAAACUAAGUCAUCUGAGGACAGAGUUGUCACAGAUUCCAUUCUGUGAAUUACAAGACUUGAGAAAUAAAGUAGGAUCUAAAAGAUAUAAUGAAGCCAUCCAUGGUUUUGUUGAAGACAGAAAAAACACAGAAAAAACUUCAAGCAAAACAAAAAAGAAAAGCAAAAACAAUCCUCUAGAGAUUUCAUCAAAACAGAAAGUUUCAAGAAUACGACAAGUUGUUGCAGUAAAGAAAAAGGUUGCCAGGGAUCCAAGGUUUGAUGACCUGUCAGGACAAUUAAAUGAAGAAAUGUUCAGCAAAGCUUACGGCUUUGUAGAUGAAAUGAAAGCAAAUGAAAAGAAGGAAAUAGAAAAAGAAUUGAUGAAGACAAAAAAUGCUGAAAGAAAAGAGACACUUAAGAUGCUGUUAAAAAGAAUGAAACAACAAGAAGAGUCCAAGAAGAAAAAGAAAAUGAAAGAUGAGGAGAGAAGGAAGAGAAAGAAAGAAGAAAUGGAACUUGUGAAGCAGGGGAAAAAACCCUUUUACUUGAAAAAAUCCGAACGAAAGAAAUUAGAAUUAGCAGAAAAAUAUAAGAAGUUGAAGUCUUCUGGUAAACUAGAAAAAUACCUAAGUAAGAGAAGGAAGAAGACUGCGAGCAAGGAUAGGAAACACAUUCCACACAGAAGACAAGCUGACUCUUAAAGAUAUCUAAUCAUAUGAGACAAUGUAUUGAUCGUUUUUUAAAUUAAUUAACUUGUAAUGAAGUUUUUCCUUUAAUAAAAAGACUUUAACCAGAA